AUGAUGGAAGGAACGCAGCUAUAUCAUACUCUUGAUGUCUCCAAAAAAGAAGUGAGACUUGUCACUUUGCUACCUGGAGGCCUUUCAGAAGAUAUUUAUUGCACAUUGACAACGGUCUCCUUGAUAGAUAAGCCAUUCUACGAGGCUCUCUCAUAUGUUUGGGGGAAUCUGACAAACAAAUGCGAUAUCAACCUCCAAAGUCUUUCUUUUCCAGUGACCACCAAUCUGGAGUCUGCGCUUCGGUAUUUGAGGUAUCGUGAUCUACCAAGAGUUUUGUGGAUCGACGCAAUCUGUAUCAACCAAGAAGAUAUACCCGAGCGUAACUCACAGGUUAAAUAUAUGGGCACAAUUUACUCAAAAUCAUCAAUUGUCCUUGCUUGGCUAGGGGAACCAAAAACGAACAAAUGCUUGACUUCAAGCUUCACUGCUGGGUGGAUGGAUAAGUUGAUACCGGAAGGAGAUGAUGUUGACGAGGAGAGGGACAACGAUUUGGUUUUCGAUACAUUCGAAAAAAUGUUAAAAGAUCUCGAAGCUCACUGGGAAAGUGAUAUUGAUGACGUUGCCUCAUUUUCAACCCAAAACUUACGUACAGGCGCCGGGAUCAUCCGGCUUUUUGAGAACCCUUGGUGGAAUCGAAUGUGGACAGUUCAAGAAGCUCUUUUAGGGAAAGACACCCUCUUGAUAUCAGGAAGGAGAAGCAUAUUACAAAAUGACCUUUCGGCUAUUUUCAAUAGUCAACUUGCACAUUCCAAGGACGGUUGUAAUCCACGCAAAAGUGGGUUCAUUACAACUUCAUUGAUGAAGAUGAGAUUUGUUCGUGAAUAUCGAGAUGGCAAUGCAUCAAGUAGUCUGGAAGGACUUCUCAAUAUAUUUGGGGAACGGCGUUGCUCAGAUCCACGAGACAAAAUAUACGGUCUACUAGGUAUUCUUGCGACUGAAGAAGUCAAUUUCAUCCACCCGGACUAUAGCAUUGAUAUUGUCCUAUUGUAUGGAAAUACAGUAAUGGAUAUAAUCAAUAAGGCGAGAAAUCUCGAUAUUCUCAGCCAGUUGUGGCCAAGAAAGUGGCAUUGCACGGGAAUUUUGGCUGGUCAAGGCCCUUCUUGGAUCCGCGACUGGACAGCAGAAAGACCCUCUCAUGUUUUGGUGGAUACUGUAAGCGAGCGUUACAGAUUGUUCCCUAAAUUUUCAGCCUCCGGCAAAAGUUCUGCCAUAGUGAAAGAAAGACGAAAAUUAGGGAUCGUCAUACGUGGUAUAUUUUUAAACUCUCUUCAGGUUCUCGGUAGACCAAACGAUGUUGAAGUUGAUAAUGACGAGGAGAUGGCCAUGACAUACAGAGAGUGGAGGCAAUUGGCGCAGAGUGAGACUCAAUUCGACCAGCCAUAUCCGAGUUCCUCGCGAAUUACGGCCCACUCGGAUGCUUUUUCUCAAACUCUCUGUAUGUCAAUAGCCUCUGAUUCAUCCCAAAGCAAUAAUUCAGCGAGCGAGUAUUAUUAUAGAAGAGUUUCGAACGAUUCGCAAGCGCGCAAAAAUCACCACUCAUGGUGGGAAUCGGAGAUCGAAGGCACUCCUCGUCUUGGAGGGAAGCAGUUACUGAAUGCCGAAAACGCAAACUCAGAUAUCAUUCGCUUCCAUACUUUGGUCUACUUUGCUACUCAUAUGAGAAGAUUCUUCAUAGCCAAAGAGCCCAGGUGGAUAGGCCUUGUACCUAUGGAUGCGCAGAUUGGCGACCAGUUGUUCCUACUCGAGGGCGGGAAAGUACCGUAUAUAUUACGUCGGAUGAAAGGUAAGGAGGAAUAUAAGAUAAUUGGAGACUGCUAUGUACAUGGAAUAAUGGAUGGAGAAGAAUGGAAUUCGGAUAAGCUUGAAGAUGUGAUUUUAGUCUAA